AUGGAAGCUGACGCGCGACCGCCAGCCAGAGCCUCACCCUUCUCAGAACCCGCCGAUGAGAGCUCUAUUCGGCUUCUCCGGUUCUCGCAGCCCGAAGAUGGCGUCUUCGUUGGCAAGCUGCAGAAGUUCCCCAUCGCCAGCGCGCCUCAUUACUACACAGCCAGCUAUGUGUGGGGCGAGCGCAAGUACAAAGGUGCAAAGAUCAAUCUGAAAACCGGGGGACUGCCCAUAUUAAACAGCCUGGUACCAUUUAUUCACAUGGUCACCCGCCAUGGCGACUUCAAGGCCACAGACUGGUGGUGGAUUGAUUCGCUGUGUAUCAACUUGGAUGAUGCCAGCGAACGCGAGAAACAGGUGCGCAUCAUGGCAGACAUCUACAAAAGAGCCAGGCGAGCAAUAAUCUGGCUGGGUGAGGAGAAAGAAGAUGGUAGCGACUGCACUGAUGCCAUCGACUUCAUGCACUACCUGUCCACCUUGCAGAUCGGGUUCAACGGAGACGAUCUUGCCAUGCGCAAGAAGCUCGAGAACUCUGAGUUCACCAACAAGUGCGUCGCCGUCAGUAAUUUGCUCGCCAGGCCAUGGUGGACAAGGGUCUGGACGUUACAAGAGUUUGUCUUGCCAAAAGAGGCGAAACUCUACUGUGGCGUGGGUAGUAUCAGCCGCGGAAGGUUCAAAAGUGCAAUCUAUAGCAUCUUCCUUUGCAGCACCAUCAGCAAAGAGUUUGAACACGAGCUUGUUCCGCGGAAGCUCUUUGAUGGAGCCUUCAAUCGCCGCCGCAUUCAUCAAUGGCACACCAAGCCGGCCUCAAUCGGUAUCAAUCUGAUCGCCAUUAUGGCGUACCUGGGUAAUCACUCCGCUACCGACAGUAGAGAUCGCAUUUACUCCGUGCUAGGUUUGAUCACUGAACAAGAUCGAGCGCUCAUCGGACCUGCCGAAUAUACUACCAGCAUUGCGCACCAAUUCGCGCGGCUUGUGCGCUCUUUCUGGAACGUUCAUCAGUCCCUGGAUAUUGUCUGCUUUGCGCAUCUAUUCUGUGCCAAUGCUGCAGUCAGCGACCCCGGCGUCCAAAAUCAUGUGCCUACCUGGGCUCCAGACUGGAGGACGACAAUCGACUUCGCUUCGCCUGUGCCGCUGAUGGCAAGCCAAAGUGCGUGUGAGCUUAUUGGAAACUUCAGACCACUCAGAUCAACACGCUGGAAAGCAAUGUACGAUGCUCCGGGAGAGAAACUGAGGAAAGAGGCAGAUGUUUCCUUUGCCGAAGACUUGAAGGAGCUCCACUGCAACGGUGUCGUGCUGGAUACUGUUCACGGGCUCGGUGGGCUUGACGAGCGGGAAUUGCGAUGCGAGAGCUUUGUCUGCCGCGAAACCAGUCAUGACUUGAUGCAAUUGCGACAAGACCAGCAUAGCGUCUCGCGAGUCGCAAAGCAGCCUACCGAGUGGCUUGAAGCCAUAGCGCGGUCCUUGGUCAUCGAUCGUCGAGACAAAUACCUUUGCUUCCAGGCGCCAGAUCACUACAUCAGCGACUUCCUCUUCCUCUGCCAUGCCUGUGUUGACGGCGAUCCCGUCGACUGGAGCUUUGCAACAUGGUUUGAGCGCAACCGUCAUGUGAUGUUCGGCAACUCGUCGCUCGAAGACAUAGUCCGACAGAUACCCACAAAGUUCACUUCACCCCCUCCAACACUGCAUCGGCCACCGUCGCAUCCCGUACAUCAGAUGAACGACAAGCUCGAUACCUUUCUCUCACGCUUCCACGAUACUGUGCGAAAGAAAGCGCGUCGGCUGAUGGUCACCGAACAAGGCUACGUUGGCAUGGCGCCGUGUCGCGCAAGACCCGGCGAUGUCGUGGCUGUCAUGUUCGGCUGCAGCAUCCCGCUCGUCUUGCGAAAAGCUGCGUCGCAAGCUGUGUGGCAGGUUGUCGGCGAGGGCUUUGUACAUGGCAAAAUGAAUGGCGAGAUUGCAGACGAGCUGAAGAGCGGGACGCUCAACUCGGCCCAGGCUGCUGUUAGCGUACGAGAAACCGAAGAUAGGUUUGCUGCGCGUAAGUAUAAAGUAUUCGAGUACGACAUUCCGCAGAAUGGCACGCAAGAUCUGUCGCUGCCGAUGCUGGAGCAGGACGUGAAAGAUUGGAGCGAGCCUGUCGAGUGCGGUAUCAAGUUCUAUGAGAGAGGUGGAACCACGACUAUCUACGCCUCUUCAGUCACCAUAAGCUCCGUUGCAACUCAGCCCGCAUGGAUCUUUGCUUUGUCGUCGACCGUCACGUAUGAGCGGACCACGACAAGCGCGCCGGCCUCGGGCACCGCAUCAACCCCCGCCAACACAGGCAAUACAGCACCGCCAACCGUGACGCCCACCAACCCAGUCGUCACCACAACCUCGAGCGACAGUGCUGGUCUGUCCACAGGAGCGAAGGCUGGCAUCGGCGCCGGUAUUGGUGUUUCCGCGUUGCUUGUCGCGGCGGCUGCAUAUCUGUUCUACUGCAACCAUCGCAAGCUAAAAGACCUCAACGCACGACUUAGCUACCAAUCUCAGGCCGAACAAUUCAACAAGCCUCCGGGUGUUGCGGUCGCGCCUCAUGGAAGCAAUGGAUACGAGAGGCCGUACAGCGAGGCUACAAUGUCGCAGGUUCAUUCUUCGCCGCAGGUACCGGUGCAGCUUUCCUAG